AGUCAUGAUUUUAUCAUAUAAACUAUUGUUGUUCGGGAGCAACUUCAAAGAUAUGCAAAUACUCAUUCGUGGAACAACGCUUGACACGAUCUCAAGUUGGUCUGAGCCCCCGGCUAUUCUCAGGACAAAAGGCAGUGGCUAUAAGACGAUCAUCCUAUACCCUGCGGAAUUAAUCACUUCCAAACGCCCGCUCGCUCGAGAGCUGCCUCCCCACAUCAUUUGCGGUUGUCGCAUUGACAAAGUAGCCGCCUCUACUGAAAUUGGAGAUAAAUUGCAGUACGCAAUGUGACCGAGCAAAAGCUUGUUUCGAAAUGCUAAAUGAAGUGGUCAAAAGCCAGUCGAAUGCCGCAAUGUUUCCUUGUCAUCCAGGUCGCUAGUGUUCCCGUUCUACGUCCCGAUGAUUUAUACGUCACUCCUUUCUGUCACUUUAGCAACGCUUUCUUUGAUAUCGCCGACUGUCAAUGGGCGUGCGAUUGAAGCUGUCGAGAAGCGACAAGAUGCGUCGCAUUGGAUUAACACUUGGACCAGCAUGCCGCAAUUGGUAGAAGCGAGCAACAUGCCGCCAGCGCAAUUCAGUUCCGGAAGUGUUCUCCGAGAUGCGACACUCCGCCAAACCCUCCACAUGUCUGUCGGCGCCCCGAAGAUCAAAAUCACAAUCUCCAACACCUUUGGUGGCUCUGAUCUCCCCAUAACCGCAGGUCCCGUUGGGCUUCCAGCAGGUGGUGCGGCGGGUGUUAGUGGCAUUCCAGCCUCGCCACUGGCAGCCAUCACUGUUGGCGGGAAAAGCAGCUUUACUGUGCCCAAGGGCCAGGUUGUUAUCAGCGAUGAAAUUUCUUUCGAAGUCAAACCGCAGAGCAUGCUCACAGUGAGCUUGUACAGUCAGCAGGGGCAGAGCGGAAGCAGUAUCACUGGUCAUCCGGGCAGUAGGACGACUAGUUGGUUUGUGAGUGGAAACAAGGUCAAUACUACGACUUUCUCUGGAACUUCCAGUGUGCACUGGUACUUCGUCAGCGCCGUUCAAGCCUACGUACCAACCAACACCAACUCUAUGAUGGUCCUUGGCGACAGCAUCACCGAUGGACGUGGUUCAGAUGACAACAAGAACAACCGCUGGCCCGACCUCGUACUCGCCCGACUUCAAUCUUCCAACCACACCAACGUCGCCAUCUGUAACCAAGCUGCAGGCGGCAACACAGUCUUAAGCGGCGGUCUGGGCCCACCCCUCCUAACUCGCUACAAGCGCGACGCCAUCGAUCAGCCCGGCGUGAAAUGGGUCAUGGUCUUUGAAGGCGUCAAUGAUAUCGGGGGCGGCGCUGAUAAUGCCGCCACGCAAACCUCCAUCGGUGAUGGCCUCAUCGCUGCGUUCAAGCAGAUCGCUGCUGAUGCGAAGAAGGCCGGUUACACCACGAUCGGUGGGACGAUUACGCCUUUUGCGGGAAACAGCUAUCAGGGUGCUGAGAGGGAGAAGACAAGGAAGAGGGUGAACAAGUGGAUCCUGGAGAGUGGGAACUAUGAUUUUGCAGUUGAUAUUGCGGGUAUGGUCGCGAAUAAAGCGAAUACCGAGCAGUUGGAUCCGAAGUACAAUGGGGGUGAUGGGUUACAUCCAAAUGUCGCGGGGUAUCAGGCGAUUGCUGAUGCGUUUCCAGUUGAUAUCUUCAAUUCGUGAGGCAAAUCGGGCUUAGGAUAAUACAAUUCUUUGGUAUAGCGCAU